AGGGAAGUGAAAGUGGAAAUACGUGAUGAGAAUGAGCGAUUGUAUAGAUCUGCGAAUGGACAAUUCGAAUUGUUUUUGCUGACGUCUGAAGGAAGCAGUCAUUCGGAUGGUUCCACUGGUCUUCCGUUGAAGGCUGCCCGUCAUCAUUUGGUACCCGGUCCAGCACCAGCUCUUUAUCCGGUCGGUACUGUCGCAUAUCGACAGGCAGUACAGCAAUUCGAUCAAAGCAUUUCAGUGAUUUCGACGGAUUCUGAAUCGAUGAUCAGUGAUAUGAGAGGACUGCCGAUCCAUAUGAAGAAUGCCGCAGCGAUGGGACGACGAACUUACCAACAGCAAUAUCUGAUGCCUCAAGGUUGGUUACGAUUGCAAAUAUUAUUCAUUAUUUGCUCGGUGAUUGAUAUUUUGAGUGAAUUCCGUUGGUUGAUUUGA